AUGCCUUCCUCGCCAUUAAAAGACACAUUGGUAUUUGAACCCAUCAAAGUAGGCGAUGUCACCUUAUCCAACCGUAUUGUCUUGUGUCCAACCACACGCUUCAGAGCCGCUAAAUCAUCUGCCGAAGUGCUGAACCACUUGCCUUCAGAUUUAAUCUUGGACCAUUAUGCACAAAGGGCCCAGUAUCCAGGGACUUUGCUCGUUACAGAAGCCACGUAUGUGAGCCCACAAGCUGGUGGAUAUGAUGGUGUACCAGGGAUUUAUACUACUGAACAAACAAAGGCAUGGAAAAAAGUUGUUGAUGCUGUUCAUGCCAAAAAGAGUUUCAUCUCUUUGCAAGCUUGGUUUUUGGGGAGAGUUGGUGAUCCAAGAGUGUUGAAAAAGGAAGGUCAGAAAUACGUUUCUGUCAGUCCCAUUUAUCCUGAUGAUCGAGCCAAAGCAUUGUCGCAAAAAGCCGGCUUGGCCUUGACUGAAUUAUCAAUUGACGACCUCAAGGAAAUCAUUUAUAAGGACUACGCUAUUGCCGCCAAGAAUGCAAUCGAUGAAGCCGAAUUCGAUUUCUUUGAGUUGCAUGGUGCACACGGAUACCUCUUGGAUACAUUUUUGCACGAGAACACCAACCAUAGAACCGACCAAUAUGGAGGCUCUAUUGAAAAUCGAGCUCGUUUCAUCUUGGAAUUGAUUGAUCAUUUGAGCACAGUGAUCCACCCCUCCAAAAUUGCCAUUAGGUUAUCACCCUGGGCUGAAGUGCAAGGUGUCGCUGAACCAGUCAGUCCAAUUCCUCAAUUUUCCUACUUGUUGGCCCAAUUGCAAAAACGGGCCAAUGAAGGAAAGGCCUUAGGGUACGUUUCUGUUGUUGAACCAAGAGUUCAGGGCGUUGUUACCGUGUCACAAGAGAGCAUUAAAGGAACGAAUGAUUUCGUUGAAAGUGUUUGGAAAGGUGUGACUUUGAGAGCCGGCAAUUAUACGUAUGACGCGCCCGAAUUCAACCAAAUCAAGCACGAUGUAGCCAAUGGCAGAACUUUGGUGGGCUUUUCGAGAUAUUUCACGUCGAACCCCGACUUGGUUUACAAGUUGAAAGACGAUCCUUCUAAAUUGGUCAAAUAUGAUCGGAAAUUGUUUUAUCAACCGUUCAAUUGGGGGUAUAAUACCUAUGAUGGACAAAGCUACGAUGAAGAGGCUGAAAGAAAGAGGUACGCACAACCAAUAAAGAGAAGUGAAGCUAAUUUAUAA